AUUUUCAUUCACUCUUCAUUGCGACCGUGCGAGCGUUUAUUAUGAAAAAGCUACUCGGUUAACGGGUCAAAGAAAUAGUGAAUUGUUCAUUGGUAGCUCUUAAUAGAAAUAGUAACCACUAUGCAUCGAGCACGAUGCACAAACUAAAUCCCGUGCAAUAGGGUCUCGCGUAAUCUCGGGGUUAGCCAGUUAGAUUCGCGUCGCGUACACCAGUUAUAUGCUUAUCGUCAUCACGUACGCAUCAUCGGAUGAUCGCAAGCUUUGACAGUUCCGUACGGUGGUUUCACGAUGAAGAGCUCGUACAUCAUUUUUAAUAUCAUUGUAGGUUUAUACGUGGCCACGGGAUCAAGUGAUUGGGGAUAUUGGGGUGAUCAUGGCCCAGCGCAAUGGCAAGGAUUAUGCGCUACUGGAAAGAAACAGUCGCCGAUAAACAUUGUUCCCGAAAAAACCGAGAAAGCUGAUCUUGGCGCUUUGAAAUUCGUGAGAUACGACUACGCGUUCUCUGGGAACAUCACUAACAACGGGCACUCCGUACAAAUACAGCUUAUCGGUCUGCCGAUCCAGCUGGAAGGUGGAAGUUUGCCCUAUACGUAUAUUUUGGAGCAAAUACACUUUCAUUGGCCAGCUGAACACACCGUGGACGGGGACCGCGAUGCGUUGGAAGUGCAUUUCGUCCACUACAACGAGCAGUACGAGAACGUCACCGUAGCCUCGCAACAUGAGGACGGUAUUGCGGUUGUCGCAACGUUGUUCGAGUUGGAUUAUGAAGACAACGAGGGCAUAACGCCCAUCGUGGAAGCAACGGAGUUAGUGUCGAAGUGGGUUGGAAAGAGCACAGCAAAAAUGAGAUCUAAGGUGAUCCCUGAUCUUCUUCUCCCGAAGGACCAUACCACCUAUUACCGUUAUUCUGGCUCGCUAACUACUCCAGGAUGCCAGGAAUCCGUCACGUGGUUGAUACUCACUGAAAAACUCACGAUAUCUGAGCAACAGUUGAAAGUGUUCAAAAACAUUGGAACAGACAACGGCACCCUGAGCUUCAAUUACAGGCCGGUCCAAGCCCUGGGAGGCAGAAAAGUUCAUCAUCGUCUGGAUGGUUACUCUUUAGCCACGGUGCCGAGGUCCAAUUUAUUUUUCACAUUGUUCAGUUUUCUGUUCAUUAAAUUAUUGUUGUCGUAAUAAAUCGUGUUCAUAUAUUAAAUUCCUACGCGUGUUAUUGUCGUGUGUAAAUUAUGUUUAAUGGUAAAAUCUGCGUAAAAUCACGGCCUCCGUAACUGUAUAUGAUUAACAUAUAUUUAACCCUCGUGUACUGUUCCCGUGGAUUCGGUCCAAAUUGUUUUGAACCGUUAAGUCGUUACAAAAACCAUAGCAAUACAUUUUAUAUACGUGACACGUACACAUUACUGUACACUUAUAUCAUUAAUGGAACCUAAUUAAGCUUCAACGUUGGCCUAACUUAAAUCAGGCAACAUGAAACAAUCGGCUGUUCAACCAGUACACAAGGGCGAAUGAAAUGAUACGUUAUAUCACAAAUAGUCCGGGGUAUUGUCGUUUCUUUCGCGACGAUUUGUUUUUGCAUUGUAUGGUUUUACCGCGGGAAUGUUUCCCGGCUUUCUGAUCGUGCUCGUUCUGACAUCCGCUGGCGAAGAAUUCGAUGCUGGCCCCGUGCUCGUUAUUGCUGCUGUCGUCGUCGUAAACUUUUCGUACGUUAACACUGUACAUGCAUUCCUUUCGAAGAUGUAAAUCGAGGUGCGCUGUCUGUAAACAAUGCAACAAUUAAAUUUCGAUUUUUAAUCAAGCGUUGAACGUUGAAACCACACAAUCUUCAUCAUUUUUACAUUAUUUUUGAGAAACGGAGAGAAUUUGUGUAUUUCUUUAAAUAUCGGUUAUUUAAAAUAUUGAUUGUCUGUAACAUUGGUUUUCAAUAAAGGUUUUCAGAUAAUUAAAAAUGUUUCAAUGCCUAGCUAAAACGUAUCGUGCGAAACUUUACAAUUGAUUGACUUGAUCAAUGUUACAGUGGGCGAUAUAGAAACCCUUAGAAUGCCGCUUGACGCGGAAGUUCAAAGGUAAAACGCCAUCCAAUGAACCCCGCCCAUUACAAUCUCGUGUUAUUAAACGCCUGACAAAGAAUUCUACACGAAUUUCAUAAAUAUUACUUCUCCAUCUGUAUUUAAUACACGUUACCUCCACCCGAAUUUAAUGUAUAUCACUUCCAUUUCAUUUUAACGAAUACUUCACAUUUCGUUGAUUGAAAUGAGGUGCCAUUCUUCUAUUAUCAGUAUUCAACGUUCAAAGCAUAAAUUACAUCGAGCAUCUUCAACGUAGAAUUAUUUUGUCACGACCGAAUCG